CUUUCAGAGGAAGAGGAGGAGGAGGAAGAGGAGGAGGAGGAAGAGGAGGGCGGACUCUCAGCAUCCUCCAGCCUCCGCCCGCCGCUCUGGCUCUGCCUCCAUCCACACGGCGCUGGAUCAGACCUGCAGGGGGUGGGGGGCAGAAAAACACACUGCGGAAAGAGGGCGAUGGCCGCCGGAGGAGGAUGCGGGGAAUCGGUGGAUCAGUACCGGGCCGAGGUGGAGAGGCUCACGCAGGAGCUGGCCGAGGCCAACAGGGAGAAGAUCCGGGCUGCGGAGUGCGGGCUGGCCGUCCUGGAGGAGAAUCAGGCGCUGAAGCAGAAAUAUGCGGAGCUGGAAACCGACCAGGAGACCCUCCGGAAGGAGCUGGAGCAGCUACAGGAGGCGUUCGGUCAGGCCUACACCAACCAGCGCAAGGUGGCAGAGGAUGGAGAGACCAUUGAGGAGACGCUGCUGCAGGAGUCAGCCUCCAAGGAGGCGUAUUACAUGGGCCGGCUGCUGGAGCUGCAGACGGAGGUGACGCUGAGCCGCUCGGUGGCGUCCAACGCUCAGGCGGAGAGCGAGAGGCUCAACGCGCUUCUGCAGGAGCUGCGAGAGAGCAACGAGAUGCUGGACCUGCAGCGCAGCAGGAUGAGGGAGGAGAUCAAGGAGUAUAAGUUCAGGGAGACGCGUCUCCUCCAGGAUUACAGCGAGCUGGAGGAGGAGAACAUCACCCUGCAGAAGCUGGUCUCCACGCUCAAGCAGAGCCAGGUGGAGUAUGAGGGGCUGAAACACGAAAUCAAAGUCCUGGAGGAGGAGACGGUUCUCCUGAACAGCCAGCUGGAGGACGCGCUGCGUCUGAAGGACAUCUCUGAGGGCCAGCUGGAGGAAGCGCUGGACGCCCUGAAGACGGAGCGCGAGCAGAAGAACAACCUGAGGAAGGAGCUGGCCCACCACAUCAGCCUGAGCGACAGCGUGUACGGGGCCGGGGCCCACCUGGCGCUCACCGUCACCGGCGUCGAGGGCCUCAAGUUCACCGAGGAGACCGGCAGCGGCAACGUUCCCAACGGCGGCGCCAUCCCUGCUGCCAACGGCAACAUGGAGGACAGCAACCGCUGCAACGGCCACCUGCACCACGGCCCCGUCCUGGCCAAGGCCGGCGGGGACUACCGCGCCGGCAGGAAGGCGGACGGCCUGGUGCCGGACCUGUUCAGUGAGCUCAACCUGUCCGAGAUGCAGAAGCUGAAGCAGCAGCUGCUGCAGGUGGAGCGUGAGAAGGCGGGUCUGCUGAUGACCCUGCAGGAGUCGCAGACCCAGCUGCAGCACACGCAGGGCGCCCUGACCGAGCAGAACGAGCGCGUCCAUCGCCUCACCGAACACGUCAACGCCCUCAAACACCUGAACGCCGACAAGGAGCUGGACGACCCGCAGGAGAGCGAGAAGCCCGACGGCGGCUCCCCGUCGCCGUCGUCCAACGGCCGCCUCGACCCAGACAUCCACGGGUUUGAGAUCCUGGAGUGUAAGUACAAGGUGGCGGUGACGGAGGUGAUCGACCUGAAGGCCGAGCUCAAAGUCUUAAAGGAGAAGUACAACCAGGCGGUGGAGGGCCAGGGAGACUGCCACAACGACGACCGGGUCCAGGCGCUGACUGAGCAGGUUUCCCAUUUGGAGCGGAGCUACCGGGACAGCCGGGAGCGCGUGGCCGGGCUGGAGGCCGAGCUGCGCGCCGCAUCAAACACGGCGACGGAGAGCCAGAGCAUGCUGAACGCAGCGCAGGACGAGCUGGUGACCUUCAGCGAGGAGCUGGCGCAGCUCUACCACCACGUCUGCCUCUGCAACAACGAGACGCCCAACCGCGUCAUGCUGGAUUACUACCGGCAGAGUCGCAUCACCCGCAGCGGCAGCCUGAAGGGCCCCGAGGAUCCGCGGGCGCUCCUUCCCCGCCUGGCGCGCCGCCUCGCCGCCGCGUCCGCGGCCUGCUCGUCCGACUCCCCGCGCAGCCCAAUGGACUCGCCGUCCAGAGACGCCCACCACAGCAACGCGGCGGGCAACGUGGCGGACUCGUCGUCCUGCCACAGCAGCCCCAUCCACAACAUCAGCGGCUCGCCCUCCAUCAGCAUAUCCCGCUGCCCGUCUCCGGUGCCGUCGGAUGCGGGCGGCGACCUGCGGAGGGAGCCGAUGAACAUCUACAACCUGAACGCCAUCAUCCGAGACCAGAUCAAGCAUCUGCAGCGGGCCGUGGACCGCUCGCUGCAGCUGUCCCGGCAGAGAGCUGCAGCCAGGGAGAUGGCCACCAUGCUGGACAAGGACAAGGAGUCAUGCAUGGAGGAAAUCCUGAAGCUCAAGUCGCUGCUCAGCACCAAGAGGGAGCAGAUCGCCACGCUGCGGCUCGUCCUCAAGGCCAAUAAACAGACAGCAGAAAAUGCCUUGGCUAACCUGAAGAGCAAAUAUGAGAAUGAAAAGUCAGUGGUGACAGAGACCAUGAUGAAGCUGAGGAACGAACUGAAAGCUCUGAAGGAAGACGCUGCCACCUUCUCCUCUCUCAGAGCCAUGUUCGCCACGAGGUGUGAUGAGUAUGUCACCCAGCUGGACGAGAUGCAGAGGCAGCUGGCUGCAGCAGAGGACGAGAAGAAGACGCUCAACUCCCUCCUCAGGAUGGCGAUCCAGCAGAAACUGGCCCUGACGCAGCGGCUGGAGGACCUGGAGUUCGACCACGAGCAGAUUCACCGCGGCCGCGGCGCCAAAGUGCCCAAGAUAAAAAGCAGCCCACCCAAAUUUUUUGUAGAUUGUCAGCAGCCUUCUGCCUCAGUAUCGACAUUCUCCCCACAACUAAGGCGAGGGAGAGCCUCGUUGGCCCGCAGUCGUAAAUUUCUGGAAUACCAAGCGGUCUUGUCCAGCAGUCGCAGCCUUCUCUCGCCGUGCGACCCGCGUAGCUGCAUGGCCCACCAGCCUCAACCCCCCGGCACCUAGCCCCGCCCCCGUCACCUAGCCCCGCCCCCGGCUCGCCCG